AUGCUGUUGAGAAAACGACUUGAUGUGCUGGUGCUUCUAGCGUUGGCGGCGUUCUACGUCCAACAGCUGCCAAAAGUUGAAGGUAAUCAGAUACAGGCCCGAAGCUGUGGAAUUCCGCAGAAACCGUUCGAGGAGUUGAUCAUUCGAGGACGGAAUGCCCGUCGAGGGGAGUGGCCUUGGCAUGCCGCAUUGUACCACAAAAAGAAGAAGUACGUCUGCGGAGGAACCUUGAUCAGCGAAUCUUACGUGGUAACGGCGGCCCAUUGCCUGUACGAUGAUACCAGUCAACAGUUUGUUGGUUGGUCAGGAAUCUUGGUACGUUUAGGGGUCUACCAGCUGGAACGGGCACUUUCUGACACUGCAGUUCAAACACGGUCUGUGGAUAGAAUCUUCCAGGGUCCUGAAUUCAAUAUCAAUUUGCUGAUAAAUGAUAUCACGCUGUUGCAUCUAAAGGAACCCGUCAGGUUCACCAAUUACGUGUACCCGGCCUGUGUCAACCGUCGAGGAUUGGUCGGGGCGAACGGAACCACAAUCGGUUGGGGUAGAACCGAGGAAAGUGAGCUGGCCACGACACUGAAAAUGGCCACAAUGUCAGUGAUAGAUGAUAUAGAUUGCUUGGGAAGCGAUCGAGCUCACUUCGGACCAAUGCUGAACCAGGGAAUGCUGUGUGCCGGGCAAAGAAACGGAACCACAGUUUGCAACGGGGACAGUGGUGGAGGGUUGUUCUUCAACCGCAAUGGUGUUUGGUUUUUGGGUGGGAUCAUUUCGUUUAAAAAGCCAAGACCGAGCGACAACAUUUGUGCGACCGAUGGCUACGCAGGUUUCACCAAUGUGGCCAAAUAUUUGUCCUGGAUGACCAAUAAGACGUACAUUGAUUUCGCGACCGAUGACUACAUUACCCUGUCAUCGAAAUCGAAGAAUAAACGGCCACUGGUCUUCAACUACCGGAGCAAGGCAGAUGAAAAGUGCGCCGAAUAUCAGCAAAAAAAGCGGGAAACCACGAGUGUGGAGAUGAGCGUGGUCGAAAUAUAUGACGGUGAACAUAGGACGUGUCUGGGUAACAUUAUCAGUCCCCGUUUUCUGCUCAGCACCGACAGGUGCAUACAUCGCAGAAUUGAAGAAGCCCGGUUGAGUGCCAGAUUUCCAACGGAAAACCUCAUUGUACCAAGAGUAGACCCGAUUUUUCCACCCAACUAUCCCUCGCUAGGAUUUGCCAAAAGCCCUGUAAUGCUGAUCGAUUUGCGGAAAGACUAUGAUCAACUACUUCCGUCAAUCUCCUGCCUCUGGACGGAUACUAACGAAAUCACCUUGGAAAGUUUGGCUGGUUUACGAUUCCCGACUAAGAAGGACAACAGAAUACGGACAAAAUUAACGUUAACCGAAUCGGAUGACGAAACGCAGAUGGUGACCUCCAGCCAGUUUCCGUGCGAUUACAACAGCAUCGUUCUGGGGGUUCGAUUGGAGGCGAAAAAACUGGGCGAAUCGUUCUACCGAAUGGUCGGCCCCUUGGUUAACUGCGAAAAUUCUCGCUAUGCUCGGCUGGAUCCGUUUCUGGACUGGAUCACAUUGGUAGUGUGGCCCGAAAUAAACCAGCUGGAAUAUGUUGCGCAAUACAUUCAGAACAACAAGGAACCACUGGAGGAAGCAUUUGAAAGGUUGAAGGGCCCAGGGAAGGAGCUUACGACUUACUUUGAAAACAGCAAGAAAGACGUCGAUAUACUUGGUGAUGCACUGCGCUAUUAUGGACAGAAUCCGGGAAGCGUCCAUAGAGGGCUUACGGAACUCUCUAAUGUUAUAAAUCAGAACAAAGAAGCCAUAAUUGACUUUUUACAGAAUGUGUUUGGAAGAAAUAGAUGAGUGCCUGAAAAAAAUGUAACACUAUUUCAAAUUAAAAAUCAAUGUUAAUAUG